UGCCGCCGCUGCCGCCGUCGCCGCGCAGAGCCGGAGCAGGAGCCACGGCCGAGAAGAGGGAGGAGGUGGAGGAGGAGGUGGAGGAGGCGCCGGACCGGGGGGGAUUGUCAGUAUUUAAACAGACCACAUCAUGCGUGAGUACAAGCUAGUGGUCCUUGGUUCAGGAGGCGUGGGGAAGUCUGCUCUGACAGUUCAGUUUGUUCAGGGAAUUUUUGUUGAAAAAUAUGACCCAACGAUAGAAGAUUCCUACAGAAAGCAAGUUGAAGUAGAUUGCCAACAGUGUAUGCUUGAGAUCCUGGACACAGCAGGAACAGAGCAAUUUACAGCAAUGAGGGAUUUGUAUAUGAAGAAUGGCCAAGGGUUUGCACUAGUAUAUUCUAUCACAGCUCAGUCCACGUUUAAUGACUUACAGGACCUGAGGGAACAGAUUUUACGGGUUAAGGACACAGAAGAUGUUCCAAUGAUUUUGGUUGGCAAUAAAUGUGACCUGGAAGAUGAGCGAGUAGUUGGCAAAGAACAGGGUCAGAAUUUAGCAAGACAGUGGUGUAACUGUGCCUUUUUAGAAUCUUCUGCAAAGUCAAAGAUCAACGUUAAUGAGAUAUUUUAUGACCUGGUCAGACAGAUAAAUAGAAAAACACCAGUGGAAAAGAAGAAGCCUAAAAAGAAAUCAUGUCUGCUGCUUUAGACCCACAGUAAGCAGCAGCUCUGAGCCAGAUUACAGGAAUGAAGAACUGUUGCCUAAUUGGGAAGUGCCAGCAUUCCAGACCUUCAAAAAUUAAAUCUGAUGAAGAGGCUUCUCCUGUUUUAUAUAUUAUGUGAAGAAUUUAAAUCUUGUAUUGGUUUGCACAAACUCCCUGGAGAAAAAAAACUGCUCUGUGUAUAUCUCUUGGAAAAUAAGACAAUAGUAUUUCUCCUUUGCAAUAGCAGUUAUAACAGAUGUGAAAAUAAAUAUACUUGACUCUAAUAUGAUUAUACAAAAGAGCAUGGAUGCAUUUCAAAUGUUAGAUAUUGCUACUAUAAUCAAAUGAUUUCAUAUUGACCUUUUUAUCAUGAUUCCUCCCUGUCAAGCACUAAAAAGUUGAACCAUUAUACUUUAUAUCUGUAAUGAUAUAGAUUAUGAAAUUUCCCCUCAAACUCAUUGCAGCAGAUAACUUUUUGAGUCAUUGACUUCAUUUUAUAUUUAAAAAAUUAUGAAAUAUCAUUCUGUCAUUAUAUUCUAAUUAAAAUUGUUUGUGCAUAAUGCUUUGGAAAAAUGGGUCUUUUAUAGGAAAAAAACUGGGAUAACUGAUUUCUAUGGCUUUCAAAGCUAAAAUAUAUAAUAUACUAAACCAACUCUAAUAUUGCUUCUUGUGUUUUACUGUCAGAUUAAAUUACAGCUUUUAUGGAUGAUUAAAUUUUAGUACAUUUUCA